CUAGCCUCAACACUCACACCAACAAUACGAUCAGCAGGCGUGCGUUAACAAAAAGGGUGACAACAAUAACCCACUGUCGUUGUUAAAGUUGAGCUGCUGAUCGCGAUUGAAGUGCUAUGACAACGCAAGUGCCUACUGUUCCGCUCGGCAAUGGCUACGAGAUGCCAGCGGUCGGAUAUGGAACCUAUCUGGCCCUUAAAGGGCAGGGUGUAGAGCUGGUGAAGAAGGCGAUCGAUGCCGGCUACCGGCACAUCGAUACGGCCUACCUGUACGAGAACGAAGCCGAGGUGGGUCAAGCGAUACGGGACAAGAUAGCGGAAGGUGUGAUCCGACGGGAGGAUGUGUUCGUAACGACCAAACUGUGGAAUACGCACCAUGAUCCGGCGCACGUCGAAGAAGCGUUCCGACGGUCCUACAAUCUGCUUGACAUCGGCUACAUCGAUCUGUUCCUGAUCCAUUCGCCCAUGGGCCAGCAGUUUGCGGGCUACGAGUACGAGGACAUGCAACCGAAAGAUGCCGAUGGAAAUAUGUUGCUCUCGGAUGUGGACUAUGUCGAGACGUGGAAGGUGAUGGAGAAGCUGGUUACGGCCGGAUGGGUUCGUAGCAUUGGCUUAUCGAACUUCAAUAGUGAGCAGAUCGAACGCAUUCUUGCGGUGGCCACCAUCCGACCCGUGAACAAUCAGAUCGAGGUGAAUCCCGGUUACAAUCAGCAUAGACUGAUUGAGUUCUGUAAAGCCCGUGGAAUCACGGUAACGGCCUACGGACCGAUGGGUAGGCCACAUCGGACGACGUACGGCAAUCGUAGCGCGCUCGGUGAUCCGAAGGUUCUUGAAAUAGGACAAAAGUAUGGCAAAACUAGCGGACAGGUCAUAUUGCGGUAUUUGAUCGACAUCGGGACCGUUCCGAUACCGUACUCUACCAAUGAUGAGCGAAUCCGGCAGAACAUUGAUGUGUUCGACUUUAAGCUAACCGAGGAUGAAAUCAAGUACCUGGCAUCAUUCCACUCGGAGCGUACAAUCCAGUUCCUUCCGUUGAAAAAUCAUCGAUAUUAUCCUUUCAACAUAGACUUCUAGGAUCUUCCUGGGAUAUCCGAUUGAUUCCUGCUAUCGAUAAAAUGAAACAAAUAAUUGUGUUACAGGGUUUUGGUGUGAUAAUUAAAUAAAACAGCUGUUUAUUGAUUUAC